CUGCUACUGAGCUGACUGCAUUUUAUACAUGAACGAAUGAUCAGCAGGCAUCCAUUGUCACACAAGUUUCUUGUCAGAAUAGAAGGCACUCCAGUAACGAGGCAAAACUUCAACAUUUCCUGAGGUAGGUGAAUCAAUCUUUAUGUAGUCGGAUAGGAUAUGGAUAGGUUUGCAAUGAUUGUUUACACGACGAUGUCGUGUGGAGUUGUAAAAGUUAUUGAUUGAUACGUGUACGUUGUGUUAUAAAGUCAGUGAACAUCGUUGUUAACUAAAAUAAACCAAACAUUAACCAUUCCACGGAGAAACUUCAUAAUGUCCACGACCGUGACCAUACUCCACAUAGAAAGAGACGAGGAAAAGAGUGAAUUUAAGACCGAUUUUCACUCAGUUCCCCUCACCCUGUUCAUUUUUUUUCCAGCGACGAUGGCGGACCAGAGUUCAGCUCCCGUUGCAUACUCUACCGAGUACCAUGUAUGCAAUUCACGAACAACAGUGUUUUACUGUUUGGUGUUGCUUUUGUUGGUCGCCCACCAAGAUAAUUAAUAUAUGUAGAUAGGGCAAUAUUUUACAAUAGAAACGUAAUUAAUUUAUAUUAGGCCUAUACUAGACUCUGUGCUCUAAAUAUUUAAAAACGAAGAAAGAACGAUUUCGAUAGGCUAGCAAUGUUAAAUUAGUUUGACUUUCAUGAGGGGGUAGAGAAUUAUGUUUUUUUUUUAAAUAAUACAUCUUGAGUGAACCCAUAGCAUGCAUAGUGGAAAUUGUUUUGCAGAAUAAAUAAUUUAAGAACAUGUAGUCCUAAAUCCUGGAAAAUACAUACAAAGCACAGAUUUUUUGCGAGUCGAGAAAAAAAAAAAACCCCAAAACAUGACAACAAUUUUGUAGGACCUAGUUGUCUCCAGUUAAAGCUUUGUUUGAAGUUCAAUAGGCUACUAAUAAAACUCUAUAUAAUAAUGUGAGGUUUUUAUUUUUAUGUUCUGAAUGUUUCCAUUUUCCAGGUGAUCUGUCUUCCUUAGUGGUCGCUGUUUACAGUGUUCUUUGUCCAGGCAAAGUCAAGAGGUUUCAAUUGUACCUGAUGCAAAUCCCAACAUUAAUAAUAUUCAGAUCAAGCUGUUUUAGUUUAGACAACACUGACUGCACCGACCGUGGUUAAAACAAUGGCAUCGGGCAAAUUAAUCGGAGAUUUCGAUCGGUAUCACCGUUCCUUCAAAGCGUACGCUCGUAACAGUAACAGACUUCAAGUUACGACCAACUUUAUACACACCCAGCUACGCCAGGUCAUGGCCUCAAUCAAGGUCAACUCUGGUGACGUCACGCGGGUACUUAGCAUCGGACCUGGCGACGGUGAAGUUGAAGAUGAAAUCUUAAAGGUCAUACGAGACAGGAACGAGUUCGUGCAUCCCGUCACAGUCACGAUCGUAGAGCCAUCUGUUUACAUGAUUAAAGAAUACCAGAAUCGUGUCGACACCCAGGGAACUCAGCUACAUAGCAUCAGUUACGAUUGGCGGACAGAGACGCUGAAGGCCUACCUGGAGAACGGCGUAAACGACGGCGAGAAGUUCCACUUCAUCAGCGCCGUGCAUUCCGUGUAUUACUUUCAAGAUCUCCCGGGCACACUCAGAGAUCUGUACAAUCGACUGGAACCCGGUGGCAUGAUGCUGAUACUGGCUGUUACGGGAACAGUUGGUGCAGCUUUUGCAGAGAGAUACCAUCAACCCGAUAUAACUUCUCAAGAAGUCAAGACUGCAUGUGUAAUUGAAAACAUCCCCAUAGCACAUGAAUCUGUCAUCGAAGAGCGUACAGACAUCACUGACUGCUUCGAUCCUCCCGAAGAUAUGACUGAAGACGGACGUCUUCUCCUAGACUUUUUCUACACAAACGUGGCUAAUUUGACUGAAACAGCCUCCCCUGAAACCCAAGCAGACAUCUUGCAAUUCUUGAAAAGUGAUCGCUUCUCUGACAAGAUAGAUGGCAAGAUAUUACUCAAAGGAGAUUGGGAGCAUUUUAUAAUCGUACGCUAACCCGUGCUCCUCAAAAAAUAUAUAUAUUACAUUUCUUGAACUUGAAACACACGGUUUUGAAUAUCUUGGGGUCUUGCAGUCUUGGGGGCAAAAGCGUUGUCAUGAGAUUUAAGUCAUUAAAGUGUUAUGUUCAAUAAUGAGAGGAACUAGCGAGUGAAA